AUGUCUUGCUCCCUUCAGAAUUAUCUUAGUCAGAUGGACCGUGACGAAGCCGAGGAGAGUCAGGAGGCGGUGGGCUCUGGCAGGAGUGGGAGUGACCCAGUUCAUACCCACAAGACUCGCAGACCGCACAGGAAGUCGAGAUACGGCUGCACGAAAUGCAAGGCGCGCAGAAUUAAGCCGCCCGACUUCUCCUGGUUGGAACAGGCGCUACCACCCGCCGAGUUUGAGCUCCUGAGACACUAUCUCGAGCACACCAGCAGACACCCGACUGUUGGCGAGCACGACAAGUACACCCUCCAGAUCGGCAUCCCGAAUCUAGCCUGCCAAUGCAAGCCCCUCAUGAGGUCGGUGCUCGCGCUUGCGGCAACCUGCAAGUGCUGUGACAUCAUCAACCAGACAUCGACACCCCCUGCAGCCUCUGACCGUGCCCAAGUGAUCGAGCUCUUGUCGCUGGCACAGCAGUACCACUCAGAAUCCCUGCAUGGGAUCCAGGCCACCCUCUACGAGGCCAAGAACUACGACCACGUGCUCGCCAACGCAGCCAUGAUGGGCAUGUACGGGUCGGCAAGUCACGCAGCCCGCAUCUGGCUGGCAAAGACGGCCCCCUUCGGCGAAGACCCACAGCUGUUUGAUUUGACCAUGCCCGGGAACCCGCAGUGGAUGAGUCUCUUCCGUGCCGUCCGCCUGGCGUAUGCGGGCCUGCUCAAAAGCUCCCCGCAGCUGAGCCCAGCCAGCACCCCCCCGGCCCUCACCGUCCAGUACGAUUACAAAGCAGCCUCUCGCGUCCCCUCAUCCACACCCAGCACACCAAGCCACGGCCACGGCCACCUCGCGUUCCCGAUAACGGACAUCCAACAAGUCGACGACGAAGCGGCCGAGCGUCUCGCCGAGAUCUCGCCCUGGCUGCGCAAAUACACGGCCAGCAUCUCCUCCACGGUGCCCUCCCACGUGCCGCGGAGGACGAUCAUGUCCUUCGUGCACAAGGUGCCGACGGCCUACCUGAACCUGAUCGAGGACAUGAUCGGGCGGCUGCAGGCAGACGAGGCGGACGAGGCGGCGUGCGAGGCGCCCAGCAUCGCGCACCAGUUGGCGGUUGAGAUCUUUGCGCAUUGGCUGGUGCUGGUGAUGCUGCUGGAUAACGUGUGGUGGAUUGGGGAAAUUGGGGCGUGGGAGCUUGGUCGGUUCGUGGAGGUUAGGCGGCGUGGGGGGUGGGAGAUGUGCAUGUGGAAUCGGGAUCGGGACUGGUGGCCUGAGAGCAUGCUGGAGAUUGGGCGGCAGUUUGACAAGCAUAAGUAG